AUGGACAGCGUGGGGUCUCUGGUGCAGGGUGUGUGCCUGUGGCCUCCUCGCAUGGAGAAUGACAGCCAAGAGGAAUGGUCUACACAGUUCAGCAGCCAGCCCCCACCCCUGCCCACCCACCCGUGUUCGAGUGGAAGGACUGGCUCGCCCCAAGAUGCCACCUCCUCAGAGCUGCAGAGAGGAGCUCCCCUGGAUGGUGGGGAGCAGCUGGCUGCUUCUGCUCCCCGAGGCAGGCAAACCUUGGCCAGGGUAGUCCGACUGGUGCUGGUGCUGAGGGACUGGGCCAGCAGGAGCUUGCAGGAGGAGCAGCAAAGGCCCGACCCCUUCCUCCAGCGCUUCCAGGGCCCCGAGCUCCAGACAGUGUCGGUGGAUGCUGGCAAUGACCUAGAGGAUGAAAACAAGGAGAAACCCAAAAAGAAGAAAUGGCAAAUCUUUGUGGUAGACCCUGCAGGGGACUGGUAUUACCACUGGCUGGCUGUCAUUACAGUUCCUGUGCUCUAUAACUGGUGCCUGCUCAUAGCCAGGGCUUGCUUCAGUGACCUGCAGAAGGCCUACGUUGUCCUCUGGCUGGUGUUGGACUACAUCUCUGACACCAUCUACCUUGGGGACAUAGUGAUCCGCCUGCACACAGGUUUCCUGGAGCAGGGUCUCCUGGUUAAGGACCUGAAGAAGUUACGGGAUAACUACAUCUACACCUUACAGUUCAAGCUGGAUGCUCUCUCCAUCCUGCCCACAGACCUGGCCUACUUUGCUGUGGGACUGCACCGCCCCGAAGUGCGUUUCAACAGGCUGCUGCACUUCUCCCGCAUGUUUGAGUUCUUUGAUAGGACUGAGACCAGAACCAGCCACCCCAACGUCUUCCGCAUCAGCAACUUGGUUCUCUACAUCCUCAUCAUCAUCCACUGGAAUGCAUGCAUUUAUUAUGCCAUCUCCAAAGCCAUAGGCUUUGGAACGGACACCUGGGUCUAUCCCAAUGUCACAGACCCUGAGUUCGGCUAUCUGAGCAGGGAGUAUGUCUAUUGUCUCUACUGGUCGACGCUGACUUUGACUACCAUUGGAGAGACUCCCCCCCCGGUGCGUGAUGAAGAGUACCUCUUUGUGAUCUUUGAUUUCCUCGUCGGCGUCCUCAUCUUUGCCACCAUCGUGGGGAACGUGGGAUCCAUGAUAUCCAACAUGAAUGCUACCAGGGCAGAGUUCCAGGCCAAAAUCGAUGCCAUCAAGCACUACAUGCAGUUCCGCAAGGUGAGCAAAGACAUGGAAACCAAAGUCAUCAAGUGGUUUGACUACCUGUGGACCAACAAGAAGGCAGUAGAUGAACGGGAAGUCCUCAAGAAUCUCCCUGAUAAGUUAAGGGCAGAGAUUGCCAUCAACGUUCACCUGGAGACGCUGAAGAAGGUAAGGAUUUUCCAGGACUGCGAGGCAGGUCUGCUGGUGGAGCUGGUGCUGAAGCUUCGCCCUCAGGUGUUCAGCCCAGGGGAUUACAUUUGCCGCAAGGGGGACAUUGGGAAGGAGAUGUACAUCAUCAAGGAAGGGAAGCUGGCCGUGGUGGCCGACGAUGGGACGACACAGUAUGCUCUGCUCACGGCAGGAGGCUGCUUUGGGGAGAUCAGCAUCCUCAACAUUAAAGGGAGCAAAAUGGGCAACAGGCGCACCGCCAACAUCCGCAGCUUGGGCUACUCUGAUCUGUUCUGCCUGUCGAAGGAAGAUCUUAUGGAAGCAGUCACGGAGUAUCCUGAUGCCAAAAGGGUCUUGGAGGAGCGUGGCCGGGAGAUCCUCAUCAAGGAAGGGCUGCUGGAUGAGUCGGCUGCAGAGGCUAGCACUGAGGGGAAGAGCGUGGAGGAGAGGCUGGACAGGCUGGCCUUGAACCUAGACACGCUGCACAGCCGCCUGGGCUGGCUCCUGACAGAGCACAAUGAUGCCCAGAUGAAACUCAAGCAGCGCAUCACUGCUUUGGAGUCCCAGAUGAGGCAGCAGGACCUGGAGGACUUCUUCUCUGACAGCUCAGAUAGUCUGCUUGAGGAUGAGGAGAAAGUUUUACCUAGAGGGGCUCAAUGAGGGGAUGCAGAGGUCAGUUAGAUGACGUCUGGCCUUGUGCUCAGGUGGUGUUUGCUAUUUCACAGGGCAGAUCCUGUGGCUGCCUUGCCAGGGACUUCUCUCAGGUCCUCAGCAUUGCUGCAGCCACUGCCUUCACGGCAGCUCCUGAGAUGGCUCCACAUCAGAUGAUCGUCCUAGCUCCUUCUUCUGGACUGUCCCUUCCCUUGUGGCCUUGAUCUGAGUCCUUGGACUUGGGUCACUAAAAAGAGGAGAAUGGAUAAUGCCACUGCUAACAUUUCCUUUCAGCUUCUCAAAAAGGUCUGUGCUCAUCACACCUUCUUGCACCUGUUUGCCUUAAUAGAAGUUGAGCAUGAAUCUUGCAUGUAGGGGCACCUGGACACGCUGACCUCUCAUGUGUGUUGAGGACAUGCAGAGUCACAGCAGGCAGAGUGCUGUGUACCACCAGGUGCCAUGUACCACCUACCCCUUCAUACAGAGACGAGAAGGGAGAUAGGCUUUGGAAGAUGCCACUUUGCUUGCAGGUAAUAAAACCACCCCACCAAGAAAGAACAAAA